AUGCCGAUAAGUUGGAGUGAACCCAGCUCGGAAGGUCCUGAAGAAGACAUGGCAUGGGCCUACGACGAUGCAACAUAUGGGAUAGCCGAAAUUUAUCCGAAAUGGGCAACAUUUGUCCAAUCUAUACCGGUUCCCCAAGAUGAGAAAGAUAAAUUAUUUGCUCAAAAACAAGAAUCUGUCCGAAAAGAUGUCGAAAGAGCUUUUGGAGUCUUGCAGGCACGAUUUGCAAUUGUUAAAAAUCCAGCUUUGAUAUGGGAUAAGGAAAAAAUCGGAAGGAUAAUGAGAGCAUGUAUCAUCUUGCACAAUAUGAUAGUUGAAGACGAACGAAACGGAUAUACGCUAGAAAAUAUUGCAGAAUUCGUUCAUGGAGAAGGAACCAGAUCGUCUCAAGUGGAUGUGCAAUAUUCUACAAAUACGCCUACCAAUAUAGACAAUGUGAUCGGUAUUCGUAAUGAUGUUCGUGAUAGAGAGACACAUUAUCGUUUAAAAGCAGAUUUAGUUGAGAAUAUAUGGCAGCAAUUUGGAGGGAAUGACAAUUAUAACUAA